GCCUCCUCCCCCCACCCCCAGCCCCACCUCCCAGCGCCUUGAGGUGCGCGCGGCCCCUUUAAGGCGCAGGGCAUUGUGGGUGCGGGGAGUGGAAUUUUGGAACCAAAUGUAGCGAAGAGAAGUACAGUAGUAAGUGUAACAUUGUAGCAGCAGCCGGCCGAGGGGGCGCGCCGGGUAGGGGACGCCGCACCCCCUUUCUGUCGCAGGAACCCCAGAUCAAGCCCCCGGAGGGAGGAGGCGCCCGACGAUCCGCUCCGGCCCCGUGCACGUCCCCCCCAGGAAGCCGGACUCUAUGGGGCGGGACCCUGGGGGAGACUGAGCUGAACCUGGAGCCAGCCCCGAACCCCUGAAGCUCGAACCAGGGGCGCCCCGGGAGCACCCACCCGUGGGUGCGCCGCCCGCCUGCCGAGCCACCAUGAGCGAGACGGUCGUCUGUUCCAGCCGGGCCACUGUGAUGUUGUAUGAUGACUGCAAUAAGCGCUGGCUUCCCGCGGGCACCGGCCAACAGACCUUCAGCCGUGUCCAGAUCUACCACAACCCCACGGCCAAUUCCUUCCGGGUUGUCGGCCGCAAGUUAUCACCGGACCAGCAGGUGGUCAUCAACUGUGCCAUUGUCCGGGGGGUCAAGUACAACCAGGCCACCCCCAGCUUCCACCAGUGGCGUGAUGCCCGCCAAGUCUGGGGCCUGAACUUUGGCAGCAAGGAGGAAGCGGCCCAGUUUGCCGCCGGCAUGGCCAGCGCCCUAGAAGCCUUGGAAGGUGGACCCCCGCCCCCCGCAGCACCGCCCACCUGGCCGACGCAGAACGGCCCCUUCUCGGAGGAGGCGGAGCAGCAGAAAAGACAGACGCCGGGCCUGCCUGAGCACCUGGAGCGCCGGGCCUCCAAUGCAGGAGGUCCCCCUGCUCCUCCCGCUGGAGGCCCCCCGCCCCCACCCGGGCCGCCCCCACCUCCGGGUCCCCCACCACCACCGGGCCUGCCCCCGUCGGGGGUCUCAGCCCCGAGCCAUGGAGCUGGGGGAGGCCCGCCCCCGGCCCCCCCUCUCCCCACAGCACAAGGACCCGGUGGCGGAGGGGUCGGGGCGCCCGGGCUGGCUGCAGCCAUCGCAGGCGCCAAACUCAGGAAAGUCAGUAAGGAGGAGGCCUCGGGGCCCCCCCCAGGGCCCAAAGCUGAGAGCCGGAGCACGGGAGGGGGGCUGAUGGAAGAGAUGAACGCCAUGCUGGCCCGCAGAAGGAAAGCCACACAAAUUGGGGAGAAGCCCCCCAAAGAUGAAUCUGCCAAUCAGGAGGAGCCAGAGGCCCGAGUCCCAGUGCACAGCGAAUCUGUGCGGAGACCCUGGGAGAAGAACAGCACAACUCUGCCGAGGAUGAAGUCCUCUUCGUCUGUGGUCACAUCCGAGGCACACCCUGCGAUGUCCAGCUCCAGUGAUGAGUCUGAACUGGAGCGGGUGAAGCAGGAGCUUCUGGAAGAAGUGAGAAAGGAACUGCAGAAAGUGAAAGAAGAGAUCAUUGAAGCCUUUGUCCAGGAGCUGAGGAAGCGGGGUUCCCCUUGACCAUAGGGCCCCAGAAGAUCCUGUGUCUCCCUUCUGCACCCCGCCUGGCCCCCUGCACUCCCUGCCUCGACUUGACUUGGAACUGGCUGAGGGCUAUACAGGAAUGCGGCUUCCCCACUCCCUGUCCCACUUGGAAAACUCCAACGGGGCGUGGCUUUCCUGGCUCCACGCCUGCACCCCCGACUGGCUGCUGAUUGGCUGGGGAGGCCCCCACCCUUUGCUCCUUUUGGUCCUUUCCCCUUGGGGGCGGGUCCUCUUCUGGGGAUGUACCAAUGAGGUCCACAGAGAGGGGGAGUGAAGGAGGGAACACCCCAGUCCCCCUUCUACAUUCACUUUAACGCUUAAUGCCUUCAAAAAGAAAAACUUUUUUUUU